AACAAGGUAAAACAGACUAAAAAGAACCUAGACUAGCACCAUCUUGGGGAGACUUUGCCAGCUGCAUCCAAGAAGAUGAUGAAGUUGAAAUCCACUCCUCUACUGGCCAACCAGUCAUCUGCUGCAUUUCCUUCUCCUUGAGUGUGCGAAUAAGAGAUCCGGCAUGUUGUCCUCUGCGCUAUCAACUUGCACUGCUCCUUCACUAGAUCCUCCUGUUUUAGGUGAAGGAAGAAGUGCAGAUUAUUUAGGUUGGAAAAAAGCGAUGAAAGAUUACGUGGACUGUAAAGGUUGCAGUGAAACUGAGACUACCAUUAUAAUCAAUGCGCAAUGUCCUCCGAUGAUCCGACCAUUUAUUAAAGAUUUGUACCCAUCGGAAGAAGUCUGGAAGCAAUUGGAUGUGAUGUAUGAUUGCCAUCCGAAAGGGUUGCAGGUAAUGACCGCACACACAUGGUGUCCGGAAUUUUACGAUGAUAUUGUAAAGGGUAGAUGUAAAAAAGUAGAAACAUUCCUAGAGAGAAAUAAAAGAGUAGUUGUUGCAUCGAGAAUUACAGCAGGGCAGGAUAUCCCUCUUCACAUCGCAGCCAGGAUAGGACAUCUGAAAAUUGUAAAGCUGCUACUAGACACGAUGAAGGAUGAAGAGGUAAUGUUGGUGAACAAUAACUACAGAACAGUACUUCACCUAGCUGCCUCAGGUGGACAUUUGAAUGUUGUAAAGGCCUUGGUAAAAAAGGAAAGGCGUCUAGUGCUGUUAGAAUCUUAUCGUGAGACACCCCUUCACCAUGCUAUCAGGAACCAGCAUAAGAAGGUCGUAGAAUAUCUAUUCAAAGCCACCAUUGAAGUGGAUAAAGCUGAUGCUAAAAACGACAWARASGAUUGGGACAAGAAAGCACGCAACAAAUUUAGGGUUACUAUUCUUAUUGCUUUGAUAUAUGGAAAUUUCUAUGAUCUGGAUUUGAAACUAGUGAAUGACUUCCCGGAAUUGCUCUUGAUCAAGGAUAGAUUUAAUAAAACCGCGAUACUUGCACUAAUUGAAAGUACUUCUGAACAUGAAACCUGGUGGGCAGCCCUUCUAAYGCCUAUCUCUAUCUCUAUCUCCACAAGCAUUGAAUAUAUCAAAUCAAUAAUAUUUUCUUUCCGUGGCCACAGACAAGAUGAGGAGAAUGCAGAUCAAGCUGACCAUUUUGUCCCAAGGCCACUUAAAUUUGCCAACGAAAAGAGACGAUUCCGAUCGAUGUCGCCGGGUGCCUUCAUGCUACUGCGAGCAAUUUGUCAGCAAAUUGCAACUGUUGGAAUCAUCGAGGUUGGGGAUGCAUACGACGUUGAUGAUAAAGAUAUGAAAGCAUUAAUUAUCGAUGCGCUUUUCCGUGCCGUCCAGAAGGGGAAUGUUGACUUCAUCGUUGAGAUUCUUAGGUAUCGUCCUCGAAUCGCACAACUGAGAAACAAUGAAGAAAUGACCCUGUUCCAUGAAGCAAUCCUCUGCCGUAAAGAUAAGAUAUUCCAACUCAUCAACGAUUUUGAUAUACCAACCGAUGCUGCAAUAGGUGAUUACAACGACAGAGAAACCGGAAACAACGCAUUACAUCUUGUGGCAGAGUUGCCACCUGUGCAACGACGUAAUCACAUCUCUGGUGCAGCAGCUCUUCAGCUACGGAAAGAGAUUGUGUGGUUCAGGAAAGUGCAAGCCAUUCUUCCACCUCUCCACCAACAACUUAAAAACAUGGACAACAAGACACCUAAGAUGUUAUUCAAUGAUUCACACAAGGAAUUGUUCAAAGAAGGAGAGGAAUGGAUGAAGCAAACCGCAGAAGCAUGUAUGGUGGUGGCCACGCUUGUGGCUUCAGUUAUGCUUUCAGCAACUUUGGCAUUACCUGGUGCAACUAAAUCCGACUCAGGCAUCUCCAUUUUCAUUGAUCGCCACAACUUCAACACUUUCGUUWUGACCAAUUUGAUAUCACUCCUCUUCUCCUCUUCUUCCUUGAUUGCUUUCCUCUCCAUCUAUAUUACACGCUUCRCAGAACAAGAUUUCUUAGUUAUCCUGCCCUGGAUAUUGUGCAUCGGCCUUCUAUUCCUUUACAUUUCUAUUGCAUCCAUGAUAGCCAACUUUAUGAGCACCAUAUUAAUGGUACUUCGCCAUGAAAUGAAGUGGGUUAUGAUUCCUCCUGCUUGUCUAGCUAUUCUCCCAAUUGCCAUACUUUCUAUGCGUCAACUCCCANAAAAACGUCUCAAUAUCUAG